AUGUACGCGAGUGAUUUGCGAGGUGGUGACGCGCUUCAGAUGCCGCUUAGAUUUAGCGCCGGAAGAGUAAAGCGAUCGCUCAGUCCCAACCCGACCAAGACCGCCGCACCGGUCCAGCCGGUGGCGAAUCCGGUCUCCUCGUCGGCGCCCACGGUGGAGUCGCGAAACGACAGCAACAACAACAAUCGUCAUCACGGCGAUCAUCAUCCUAGCAACGACGGUGCAUCCUCCGUGGAGGAAUUGGGCGCUAAACGACCGCUCCAUCCGGCGUUGGUUGGCGCCGGCACUGCCUUGGAAGUAAAGCCGCUCUGGGAGGAAUUCCACCAGUUGGGUACCGAAAUGAUCGUUACGAAAGCCGGGCGAAGAAUGUUCCCCACGUUCCAGUGUCGACUAUUCGGUUUGGACCCCAACACGGAAUAUCUGAUGGUAAUGGACUUCGUGCCGUGUGACGACAAAAGAUACCGAUACGCCUUCCAUAACAGCGCUUGGGUCGUAGCGGGUCGCGCUGAUCCAGUGUCACCUCCCAGGAUCCACGUGCAUCCCGAUAGUCCUGCGAGCGGCGCGCAUUGGAUGAAGCAGCCGAUUUCCUUCGACAAACUGAAGCUGACGAACAAUCAACUCGACGAUAACGGACACAUUAUCCUGAACUCGAUGCAUCGCUAUCAACCACGCUGUCACGUGGUGGUCGCCCCUUCGCCACCGGGUGCGGCACCAGAUCCUCGCACGGAAAAUUUCAAGACGUUCUCUUUCCCGGAGACCAGAUUCACCGCGGUCACUGCCUACCAGAACCAUCGGAUAACGCAGCUAAAGAUCGCCAAUCCGUUCGCCAAGGGCUUCCGGGACUGUGAGUCUGACGAGUGUGAUAGCGUAGCUAUCGCUGGGAUGCAGAAUCCGGCGAAAAGGCCGGCCACAGGAAGCGUCGGAAGCAGCGUGUUGACGUCGGGUUACAACGCAGUGCCGGGGAUGCAGAUCACGGGUAUACCCGGUCAGGAGCAUCAUCAGUUCUACGGUGCGGCGGGCGCAGCUAGUCACUGGACUUAUCCAAGUCAUCAUGGACACCAGCCGUCGGCACACGUUAACUCGGUCCAUUAUCCAGCCCAUCCGCAACAUCCGCAUCCGGGCACUUCUCUCUAAGGACCACGAUAAGAAAAUUGUGAUCAUCAUUGAUCGUUUUUCGCUUG